CGCGCUUAAAUCGAGUGCGGGAAGCUGCGGCUGCGGCUGAGCGCUUGUGACAGCCAUGGAACUGACGCAGGUAGCGCGGGAACUGGGUUGCUGGGCUGCGGAAGAGAUGGAGGUGCCCCUAGCGGCCCGCCCCAAGGAGUCGACGCUGCGCAGGCUGUGUCUGGGUCAGGGGGCUGACAUCUGGGCCUACGUCGUGAAACAUGUACGUAGUCAGAGAAGUAUCAAGACCAUCCGGGGGAACCUGCUCUGGUAUGGACAUCAGGACAACCCAAAGCUCCGUCGGAAGCUGGAGCUGGAAGCCGUUGCGGUCCGCCUGCGAGCAGAGAUCCAAGAGCUGGACCAGAACCUGGAGCUGAUGGACCGAGAGACCGAGGCUCAGGACACGGCCAUGGCACAGACCCUGCAGAGCCUGAAAGAGACCCAGCACCGAGCACUUCUCCUCCAGGCCCAAGCUGGGGCUGCACGAAGGCAGCAGCGCGGGCUGCAAGAUCCCACGCAGCGGCUGCAGAAUCAACUCAGGCGCCUGCAGGACAUGCAAAGGAAAGCCAAAGUGGACGUGCUCUUCGGACCUCUGGCGUCAGCCGCCCCAGCCAUAGAGCCUGAGGUGUUGCGUGACGUCCGGGAAGCCUGCUCCCUCCGCACUCAGUUCCUGCAGAAGCUUCUGAUGCCCCAGGCCAGCGGGGGUGGCGUCCGAAGCUCUCGAGAUGACCACUUUGGAUCUUCCUAUCAGCAGUGGCUGAGCUCAGUUGAGUCGCUGCUGACAGACCACCCUGCAGGCCACAUCCUGGCUGCCUUAGAGUACCUGGCUGCAGAGCGGGAGGCGGAGAUCCGGUCCCUGUGUAGCGAAGAAGAGACGCCCAGGCCCCAGGCCCCGGACCCAUCAAACCCCAGCCAGGCCCUGCCGUCCACUGCGCAUCUCAUCCAGGAGGGCUGGCAGGCUGUAGGGGCACUUGUGGCCGAGAGGAGUGCGCUCCUGAGUGAGAGACAAGUCUUGACUGGCCGCCUCCAGAGCCUGGUGGAGGAGAUGGAGAGACGUUCUCUGGGACCCAGUGAGAGGAAAGUCCUGCUGCUGGGGCUGAGGUACAGUGGCCUGUGGGCAGAGCUGAAGGCUCUUCACGCCCAGUGCCAGGAACUGGGGGAUGCAGUUGGGCACCGGCAACUUCUGCUGCGGGAGCUGCAGGCCAAGCAGCAGCGGAUCCUGCAGUGGCAGCAGCUGGUGGGGGAGACCCAGGAACAGAUCCGCCUGCUCAUCAAAGGAAACUCGGCCAGCAAGACCCGCCUGAGCCGAGGCCCAGAGGAGGUGCUGGCUCUCAUUCAGCGGAAGCUUCUCCCCACCUCUGAGGCGGUGGCACCACAGAGCCAGGAGCUGCUCCGCUGCCUGAAGGAAGAAACGCAGCACCUCCCCCGCAUUCUGCUGGGCCCCUUGCUGCGGAGCCGUGCCACAGGGCCGGAGCCGCUGUCCAGGGUUCUACCAUCCAUCCAUCGGCUGCACCCCAGCACCCCAAGGGGCUCCAACCUCAUCUCGCUGAGUCACACGCUCGGGCUGCCUGCAGGGAAAGCACCAGAGCUGCUACUUCCAAAGGCUGCCUCUCUCCGCCAAGACCUUCUGUUUCUCCAGGACCAGUGGGGUUUCCAGGGAGGAAAUCUCCUCCGUGCAAAGGCCAGUGUGUCUCGGGAACCAUGCACCCAGGAGCUGCUGCAGAUGCAGGCGUCCCAGGAGAAGGAGCAGAAAGACAGCACGGGGCAGGCCCUGCAGAAGCUGGCGAGCCUGUUGGGACAGGCACUGGAGCACAUCCCCGAGCUGCAGGCCGCCACUGAGGACUGGUGGGAGCAGCCAGGCCAAGCCGCCAUCUCUGAGGAGCUCAGUCAGGGCCUGUCCCUGCCCCAGUGGCGGCUGCGCUGGGCCCAGGCCCGGGGAGCGCUGCAGCAGACAUACAAAUGACGAGGCGCCAGGGAGCAGAGUCAAGAAUUGUAAUUUAGCCUGGUGGUGUGCACCUCUUGCCUCUACUCAGGAGGCUGAGGAAAGAGGGCUGCUGCUUACUUCUAAGACAGCCUAGACUCCAUAGUGAGACCCUAUUUCAAAAAUAAAUAGUGUUUAACCCCUAAACUUCACCUCCUUCAAUAAACUAUUUGA